GUCACGUUCAACAUUUUCGUGACCUAGAAACUAACUCAUCACGCGCCGUCGACUGACUCAAUUAACAAUGCGUCUGCUCAAUCAGGAGGACGAGGUGGACGAAUCCACCGAGGUCACAUGGGAGGAUCAGCAAAGAAUCAAUACGUUCUCCAAACUUAACCAGAGGUUUCAGGAUGCUGAGGAGUUACUAAAGAAGAAAAGGACGGAGAAGGAAUACCUGGAUGAUGUCGCGAUGGAGCUCGAACUGGUCGACGAGGACGAGCCUGUCCUGUACAAGAUUGGCGAGACAUUUGUGCACAUUAAGCUGCAACAUGCACAGCAACUACUAGAGAAGGAACACAAAACGAUUGACGCUGAGGUCGCGAAGCUUCAGAGUCAGGUCGACGAGAGCGAGAAUGGAAUGAAGGAGCUCAAAGUUGUCCUCUAUGCCAAAUUCGGGAAUGCGAUUAACCUAGAAACGAAUCCAGCAUAGUUGAUGGGCAUGGAUAAUGUACAGUGCACCUUAAUCUGAGGAUGUGGUCAA